AUGUCCAUGCGUAUUACCCGCAAACGAGCGCGGCACGACAACGACGACGACGCCCAAGAUGGUGCAGAAGGGUCGCAAGCACUGCAAGCCGACGGAGAAUGCCCCAGAAAACGAGACGACGAUUUCUGGUACGACGACGGGAGCAUUAUCCUAGUGGCCCGCGACGUCGAGUUCCGCAUAUACAAGGGACUUCUCGCCGACCACUCCCCAGUAUUCAAGGACAUGUUCUCCUUUCCUCAACCUCCUAAUACAACACAUGACGGCACAAAUCCCGCCAGCGACCCUUGCCCCAUCGUUCACCUCCCCGACUCUCCGGAAGAUCUCAGGCACAUCCUACGGGUCUGCAUGCCUAAAAGCGGCUCCAGCCCGUUCAAACCAGCGAGCAACCUUUCCUAUCACGCGGUCUCCGCAAUCAUCCGCCUCGGCCACAAAUACCAGAUGACCGACCUCGUCAAAGACGCGGUGGACUACCUGAAGCGAUGGUACACGUCCGUUUUCGACGAAUGGGCCGCGGGUCGUCUAUACGCUCCAGACGCGCCCUUCGAGCACGUCCACGCGAUCGGCGUCGUCAACCUCGCCCGUCUCGUCGACGAGCCCCUCCUCCUCCCCUCCGCGCUCCUCAUGUGCUGCUCGCUCGACGAGGACAUCAUCAAGGGCUUCGCGCGCGAGGACGGCACGCGAGAGACGCUGUGCCCAGACGACCUCGGUCUGUGCUUCGCGGCGCGCAAAGUGUUCGCCGGGAACAUGCUCGUCAUCCUGGCCAGCGUCUUCGAAGCGUACGUCUCGGGCGGCUGCACGGAUCCGCAGAGGUGCCGUAACGCUCUGCAGAAGAUGCUACUCGACGGGCUACGAAUCCCCGGGGCGAUCCCGAAGAUCGUACAUCCGGACGUUUUGCGCUCAUUCGUGCAUUUCCUCGGGCCCUGCGCAGUCUGUGCGAGCUGUCAGGAAAUGGUGAGGGAGCGUGAUGUGGAUGUACGGAAGAGGGCAUGGCAAUCUUUGCCCAAGAUCUUCAAGCUGGAGUUCGGCGAUGGAGAGUGGCCUGGGAAGUCGAUCUAG